ACAUUGAUAGAGGACAUAACCAAUUUUCAAAUAUCAGAUUAGAGGUCCACGUCACUUACCAGUUCCACCAAAUUAAAACCCAACCCAAUUAAAUCAACCCGCCCCAAAAUUAAACCCGACUCACUUCCCUUUUAACCCAAAACUAGUCAGCCCCUUUGUCUUCUUCACUGUUCCGGCGAAGAGCUUCUAGCUCCGGUGAACCGGAGCAACUAGCGACGUAACACCCGUUUCUGUGGUCGUGGAUCUUGUUCUUUUUAGUACAAUAAAUAGUGAUUCCAGCACAUAACAAGGGAGCUGCGUCGAUCGACAAGUUUUCAGGCCAACAUACUACAAAAUGCUCAUCAGAUACCAUCAUGUCGGAGUAACCUCCAAACAUGAGUGUUCUGUAUGAGCUAUAAGUGUUGUAUGUAGGAAUCUGAAGAGGGCAAAGAUAUAGUAAGUAACGUUACACAUUUGCACAACUCUGAGGAUUGGAUAACAUAAUUGCAUUCACAACUGAAAGUUAUGCAAACUCUAUUAGUGUGUGGUCGGGUGCUGAAGCAUUCUAUGACAUCUUGCGACUUGCAUCAUGUCUUGUAGUUGGAUCAUUAACUAUAUAUGUUCCCUUAAUCAUCUCUUGGUGCUUCAUCUGUAUUAUUUUACUCUGCAAACGCCUACUUAGUGGCAAGUUUUAGAUUUUGACCUUGUUGUACUUCAUUUUUUAACUAUACCUGUUCCCCUGAUCAUGUUUCUUUCUGCAGAUCUAUACCCAACCGAUAUAAAGAUUUCACCGCGUUAUCAUUAUAAGUUCACAGAGAAAGCAAAGUGUUAUUCCCAAAGACAAUUAAUUGAAUCUAUGGCAUCAUCUUCUUCUUAUGCGAGUAAUUCACAGUACUGUCCUCGAUGGAAGUACGAUGUCUUUCUAAGUUUUAGAGGUGAAGAUACCCGGAGAAAUUUUACGAGUCACUUGUACCAAGGUUUGGACAAUAGAGGAAUAUUCACCUUUCUAGAUGAUAAAAGGCUAGAGGAGGGCGAUUCCAUCUCAGAAGAACUCGUGAAAGCAAUAGAAGAGUCUCAAGUUGCCAUAAUCGUUUUCUCAAAGAAUUAUGCUACGUCAGGGUGGUGCUUGAAUGAACUGGUGAAGAUUAUGGAAUGCAAGGAGAAAGAAAAUGGACAAACAGUCAUACCGGUCUUUUGUUAUGUGGAUCCAUCACAUGUUCGACACCAAAGUGAGAGCUUUGCAGAAGCAUUUGUCAAACACGAAUCGAGGUAUAAGGAUGAUGUUGAGGGGAUGCAGAAGGUGCAAGGAUGGAGGAAUGCCCUAACAGCUGCCGCAGAUCUUAAAGGAUAUGAUAUCCGUGACGGGAUCGAAGCAGAGUAUAUUCAGCAGAUCGUCGAUCACAUCUCUUCCAAAUUAUGUAAGAGGGCUUAUUCUUUAUCUUCGUUGCAAGGUGUUGUGGGAAUAAAUGCUCAUUUUGGGAAACUAGAAUCCCUACUUCAGAUAGAAAUCAAUGAUGUUCGGAUUGUAGGGAUCUGGGGAAUAGGCGGAGUUGGUAAAACGACUAUAGCAAAAGCCAUCUUUGAUACUCUAUCUUAUCAAUUUAAAGCUUCUUGUUUUCUUGCGAAUGUCAAAGAAAAUGCAAAUUAUAAUCAACUGCAUUCUUUACAAAAUACCCUUCUCUCUGAACUGUUAAGAAAAAAAGAUGAUUACGUCAAUAAUAAGUAUGAUGGAAAGUACAUGAUUCAGAGUAGACUUUGUUCUAAGAAGGUGCUAAUUGUUCUUGAUGACAUAGAUCAUGGUGAUCAUUUGGAGUACUUAGCAGGUGAUGUUGGUUGGUUUGGUAAUGGCAGCAGAAUUGUUGUAACAACUAGAAAUAGACAUUUGAUAGAGAAGGAUAAUCCAAUAUAUGAAGUGUCUACACUGCCUAAUGAAGAAGCUGUUCAAUUAUUCAAUCAACAUGCUUUCAGAAAAGAAAUUCCAGAUGAACGUUUUAUGAAGUUCUCAUUGGAGGUAGUAAAUCAUGCUAAAGGCCUUCCUUUAGCCCUCAAGGUGUGGGGUUCUUUGUUGCAUAAGAAAGACCUAACUCAGUGGAGAAGAACUAUAGACCAAAUAAAGAAAAACCCUAAUUCAGAAAUUGUUGAAAAACUCAAAAUAAGUUAUGAUGGGUUGGAACGUGAAGAAAAAGAGAUAUUUCUAGAUAUCGCAUGUUUCUUCCGUGGAUUUGAAAGAAAAGAAGUCAUGCAGAUCCUUGAGAGCUGUGAUUUUGGAGCUGAAUGCGGAUUGGAUGUCCUAGUUGACAAAUCUCUUGUGUUCAUCUCCAAAUAUAAUGUGAUUGAAAUGCAUGACUUGAUUCAAGAUAUGGGUAGAUAUGUGGUAAAAAUGCAAAAGGAUUCGGGAGAACAAAGCAGACUCUGGGAUGUUGAAGAUUUCGAAGAUGUGAUGGUCAACAAUACAGGGACCAAGGCAAUGGAAGCAAUCUGGACACAUGGUGUUCAAAAAUUAUGCUUUAGCAAAAAAGCCAUGAAAAACAUGAAAAGGCUUAGAUUAUUAUCCAUCAUUAGUUUUAGUACACAUGAUGACUCCAUUGAGUACCUGCCCAACAACUUGCGUUGGUUUGUCUGUCAUAGUUAUCCUUGGGAGUCAUUAUUAGAAAAUUUUGAACCUAAGAAGCUUGUUUGUCUUUAUCUCCAGAGGAGUUCCCUGCGUCAAUUAUGGACCGGAAUAAAGCAUUUGCCGUCUUUGCGAAAGCUAGAUCUUAGAGAUUCCGAAAGGCUGAUUCAAACACCAGAUUUCACGCAAAUGAUAAAUUUGGAGUAUUUGGAUCUGCGUAACUGUAGUGAUCUUGAAGAGGUUCACCGUUCCUUGGAGUGUUGCAGAAAACUCAUUGUGUUAAAUUUGCAGAGGUGUAAACGCCUAAAUAAGUUUCCAUGUGUUAACGUGGAAUCCCUUGGAUCUCUGAUUCUACUACAUUGCUCUAAUUUGGAAAAAUUUCCAGAAAUCUUUGGAAGAAUGAAGCCAGAGUUAGAGAUCAAGAUGAGCUGGUCUGGGCUAAGGGAAAUACCAUCAUCUAUUAUUCAGCAAUACGCAUGUCAUCUUACAGAGUUAAGUUUGAGUGAUAUGAAAAAACUUGUAGCACUUCCAAGCAGCAUUUGUCAGUUGAAAGGUUUGGUGAAGCUGGAUGUGUCAUACUGCUCAAAACUUGAAAGCUUGCCAGAAGAGAUUGGUUAUUUAGAAAACUUGGAGGAGCUUCAUGCUAGCUUUACUCUAAUCUCACGACCUCCGUCUUCCAUCAUCCGCUUGAACAAGCUUAAAAUCUUGAGUUUUAGAUUAGACUUGAAACCUAACUCCUUUGCCACAAAAGAAUCAAAAUAUAGAGUUUCCUUUGUGUUCCCUAGGGUGAAUGAAGGGUUACGGUUGUUGGAAAUUCUGGAUCUCAGCUACUGCAAUCUAACAGAUGGAGGACUUCCAGAAGACAUUGGAUCCUUAUCCUCUUUGAAACACUUGAAACUCAAGGGAAAUAAUUUUGAGUAUUUGCCUCAUAGCAUAGCCCAACUUGGUGCUCUUCAAACCUUGGACUUAUCAGAUUGCAAGAGACUUAGACAGCUGCCAGGUUUCACAGGGAUGCAAUACUUGGAUACUUUGGAUCUCAGUUUCUGCAAUCUAACAGAUGGAGGGCUUCCGGAAGACAUUGGAUGCUUAUCCUUUUUGAAAAAGUUGAAUCUCAGGGGAAAUAAUUUUGAGCGUUUGCCUGAAAGCAUAGCCCAACUUGGUGCUCUUCGAAUCUUGGACUUAAUAGAUUGCAAGAGGCUUACACAGCUGCCAGGAUUUCCACAGCAAUUAGAUACAAUACGUGCAGAUUGGAGUAAUGAUUGGAUCUGUAAUUCAUUGUUCCAGAAUUUCUCAGCAUUGCAGCAUGACAUCUCUGCUUCAGAUUCAUUGUCACUAAGAGUGUUCACCCUCACAGGGAAUAUACCAAUACCAAGAUGGUUCCACCAUCGGGAAGGUGGUAGAAGUAUAUCAGUCAAAUUGCCUGAAAAUUGGUAUGUAAGUGACAACUUCUUGGGAUUUGCUGUAUGUUACUCUGGCAAAUUAAUUGACGCAAUAGCUCAUUUGAUUUGUUAUGAUGAGAGGCCAGUGACGCGUAUCACCCAGAAACUUGCCUUGUCCAAUCAUUCAGUAGAAGUUCAGGAAUCUCCUAUUCAUUUUUUCUUGGUACCUCUUACUGGCUUGUUGGAUAAAUCUAAGGCAAAUGGAAAAACACCAAAUGACUAUGGGCGCAUCAGGAUAUUUUCCACUGGAGAAAUGAAGGAGUUUGGACUUCGUUUAUUGUAUAAAGAUAAACCUAAGAUUGAGGCGAGUUGCUCAUCUUCUCAGAAACAAUGAUGAACUAACAGCCAUGAUGAUAGUGAACACCAAGAUGAAGCUAGACUAUCCGUUUUAAAAUGAGAAUGAUCAUACACCAGAAGCAACUUUUUUUUUUCUUCAAAUUUUAUAAGAAUAAUUUUUGUACAGAGCCACAUUUUGUUGUUUGUUGGAUGGUGAAAUGGAGGUUUAUUUUUCAUGCUCAA